CAAUGUUUGACCAAUAGUUCAUUUAAUCGCAAGAAAGUAAUGUCUGAUUUGCGUGUGGAAGUAGUGAAAAAUGAAGUUGUCUAAAGUGUAUCGCAGUCCCAAUAAUAAUUUUCAACAAGUGAAAGAAACGAUUAAAAAGGGGGGAGUUACAGCAGAUAUUCGGCUUCCAAAAUGUAAUUUUACUCCGCAACCUUAUUCGGUUGUUUACUUCGUUAAUAGCGGUUCGGAAGCAAAUGAGUUGGCAAUUUUGAUGGCAAGGAUUUUUACCAAAAAUUACGAAAUAAUAUCGUUAAGAAAUGGCUAUCACGGUAUGAGCAAUUUGACAAUGAAUGUAACCGCUCAAUCCCAUUAUAAAUAUCCAACACUUCAGGCCAUAGGAACGCAUCAUGUUGUAAAUCCUGACGUUUAUAAAGGGUUGUGGGGCGGUUCUAAAUGUAGGGAUAGCCCUGUACAAGCCCUCAGAGUGUGUUCCUGUAAAGGAUCAGAAUGUGAAGCAAAAGAUAAUUACAUAAAGCAGUUCAAAGAGUUGUUUGACUACAGUUUACCAAAGAAAGGUGCUGCAGCAUUUAUUGCUGAAUCGAUUCAAGGUGUUGGAGGUACCGUGCAAUAUCCUAAGGGGUACCUAAAGGAAGCUGCGGACAUAGUUAGGAAGCACGGGGGAUUAUUUAUUGCAGAUGAGGUACAAACAGGUUUUGGAAGAACAGGGGAACAUUUUUGGGGAUUUGAGAUGCACGGACUCGUCCCUGAUAUUGUCACAAUGGCGAAAGGAAUUGGUAACGGAUUUCCCCUUGGGGCUGUUGUAACAACACCUACGAUAGCAAAUGCAUUGACUCAAGCAGCUCAUUUCAAUACUUUUGGGGGAAAUCCUGUGUCAUGCGCUGCAGGAUUAGCUACACUUGAAAUUAUUGAAGAUGAAAAACUUCAAGAGAAUAGUGGAAACGUCGGAACAUAUUUACUUUUACAAUUAGAACAACUGAGAUCUGAGUUGCCAAUUAUUGGAGAUGUCAGAGGUAAAGGUCUAAUGAUUGGGGUUGAAUUGGUGGCGGGAAGUGGUACAAACGAUGCGCUACCAGUUCCCAAAUUUAUGAAAUUCUGGGACUAUUGUAGAGAACAAGGUCUUAUUGUUGGGAGAGGUGGAAUUCAUGGAAAUGUGUUGCGUAUUAAGCCGCCGAUGUGUGUUACAAAGGAAGAUGCUGAUUUUUGUGUAAAGGUAAUAAAAAAAGCUUCUGAAAAGAUUUUAUUAAAGGAAGAUAGCGUAUACGUAGGUGGUGUAUAAAUUAUGCAGUAAAUAUGUUAAUAAAAUGGAACAGUAAUAACUUUUUAUCCUAAAAAUUACCUACCAAUAAAUGACUAAAAGAUGUA